AUGGUGUUAAUCGAGUUGAAAUCCGAUCACAGCUACGAGAUUCGAAAAAACGCGCCAAAAGCCACUUUCGACUCGAUUCCCUAUCAAUUGGAUGACAAGUCGAGUAUGAGCACCGUCGACGAGGACAAUUUGCCGCCAACGAAUUGGCGCAAAAUCGGAAUCGCCGGCUUGAUGUGGUUCCUUUGCGCCGUCGAGAACACCGUGAUUGGCAUGAGCGAAUGGCCGUAUAUGCAUCAGAUUGACAAGGCGGCGACAACGCAAUUUUUCGGCUUUGUCACAUCAUCAUCGCGAACGGGACACGCGUUCUUUGCGCUCGCCUUUUCCUAUUGGGGUUACAAGCUAGGGAAGUGUCGCUGGCCAUUGAUGGUCGGUCGUUUGAUGGCGCUUCUCGGUGUAUGCAUGUAUCUCUGCGUCGAGUUUAUCCCGGAGAAUCGACGCUACUGGAUGUUGGCCUGUUAUUUUCUUUUUGGAGUCGGAUCAAGCUCAACAACCCUCCUUCGUGGCUAUAUCGCCGAUGUCUCACAUCCAAAAGAUCGCUCAAGAGCCUAUGCUGUGAGCACGGUGGCCCAUUUGAUCUCGAUCGUUUGCGGGCCAAUAAUCCAACUGUGCUUCACUAGGAUCAAGUAUCCCGGCUACGAGAUCAUUCCUGGAAAGCUCCGUUUCAACAUCUACUCAGCACCGAUUUCGUGUGCUCUCCUAACGAACAUCAUUGCCAUCUAUGUAGUCGCCGUUUUCUGGGUGGAAACCGGAAAGGAAAGACCGCAAAAAGCUAAAAUUUAUUCUCAAUCGAUAAUCGGAAAAGUGAAAGAAUUCCUGGGGAGAAAGGAUAUCAAAUGGCCCCUAAUCUUGGUGUGUUGGUAUCAAAAGAUGAUGUCACAUUUGAGCAUUGUCGCCAUUGCAACAAUCGCCUCCCCAUUAUUCAUGAUGGCAUUCAAUUGGGAUGGCCAAAAGACAGUUCUCAUCUCAUCGAUUUCUCAUAUUUUUGUCGGCGUUUUGAGUAUCACCGUCUCGUGUAUCUACAUUUUUGGAAAGCUUGGCCACUAUGUAUCGGCUCGUUUCUCGUACCUAAUUGGUUUGUUAAUCUCUGUCCUCCUCUACGUGUUGACCUAUCCAUGGCCGACUCUCUCGCAACCACUUCCGCUAUACAAUGCAACAACUGGUUCCGGUUGUGAUCCGAACGUCUACUCAUGGUGCUUCACCGAGAAAGCCAUGCCCGCCGUCUUUUGGAUCCCGAUUGUGGUACUUGUGAUGGGCGUUGGUCUUCCAUUCGCGAUGAUCUCCAUUGAUACGAUCUACUCAAAAGUGCUCGGCGAUGUUGAUCAGAAUGUAAUGCAAGGAGUCUACAUUUUCAUUGAAGAUAUCAUGAUGAUUGGUGGACCGAUUUAUGCAUCGACAAUUUUCACGGAGUUUGGCCAGAGUUGGCUCUGGUUUUCGAAUGUGAUUUUCACGGCGAUCGCGAUUUUCGUCUGGAUCGCUUUUUAUCCGAUUUUAGCUCCGUACAAG